ACUCCUAAGACUCCACUUCACAAAAUUUUAAAGAUGAAGACAUGGUCAGCAGGAGCUUGCUGUAAUCCUCCUUUCUUUCGUUCCUGCGGGUUGCCGGCCAUGGGACCAUUUCUACUGCCUCCUUUAGUCCCUUCUUCCUUCUCUUCCAUUUCUUGCGGUGGAGACGGAGCAGAAGGGCUUCGACUGUUGGGAUGGAGGUUGGAAGAAGAAGCUCGAGCUCUAAAAAUGAGUUUCGCGAAAGCAGGAGUGGUAGGAAGAAGAUGGGUGCUCUUCCCCUUGCCAUGUUUCUCUCUUUCAACGAUAAGGAUGUUCAUCCCGACUGCCCUAACGUAUCCAAUCCCUACCAUAAAUGCGGCCGACACUGCCUUGUCGAAAUUCCCCGUGGCAAGAAUUUCUUGGACGCUCUAAGAUCAGAUGGGGAUCAGGAGUGGGAGAAGAAAUCAGGGAAAAUGGGGGUCAAUCCGAAUUGCCCUCACGCUUCCAAUCCCUACCACAAAUGCGCGGGUUACUGUUUGGAUAAACUUUCCGAGAAGCUUCAGGAUGCAGGAAAAGAUCAAGCAGCGACAAAGCUAAGAGGCUCCAAGGAAGGCGAGAAGGUGCUCUAUGCUAAAACAAAUACGGGUUUUCACCCUCACUGCAAACAUGCAUCAAAUCCUAAUCAUGAAUGUGCUGAAUCCUGCUUCCAAAGUUUGACUGAAGGAAACAUAGCCCAGGGAGAGAAGCACAAGGAAUUUUCUAACAAGGCUAAUAAAAGUAGCAUGCGUCUUAACCGUAAUGCAUCCAAUCAUAACAAAGUUUCUGAAACUUGCUUUGAGGAUACUCCUAAAAAGGAACAUCUGAUGGGAGACAUGAAGUCAAAGAAAAAAAAUGAAAUAGAUCUCACCUUACAGCGUGAGUUGAGCUCUGAGUGCAGAAGUGCAUCAAACCCAUACCAUGAAUGCGGUGAAUAUUGCAUCCAACAUGUCCCUGAGAGGGAACAGCAUAGGCCAGUCAUCAAGCUAAAGAGUUUCCAGGAAGGAGAGAAGGUGAUGAGCAAAAAAGAUAGCGACGCCGAAAAGCGAAAAGCGGAAAUUGAAAUAAGGGAGACUGUGGAACAAAUAGUGAACCUCGAGUACAAAAAUGCAUCAAAGCCCUCCCAUUUAUGUCCUGAAUUCUGUCCUGAAAUUGUCUGCGAGAGGGACAGGCAUGAGCAAGUCAUCAGGUUAAGAACUACAAAGGAAGGGUGCAAAAAUGUAUUAAAACCUCACCAUGAAUGUACUGAAUUCUGCUUCAAGAGUACCCCAGAUAGGAACAUAGUUGAGGGAGAAAAUUCCAAAGGAGGUUUUAUGGAAAGUGAUGAAAAUGUGCAUACUAGUCCUAAGCAUGCACCUAAUCCUUACAAUGAAUUUACCGAGUACUACAUUGAGGAGACCUCCAAAAAGGGACAACUUGAGAGAGCCAUAAAGCCAAAAGAAGAAAGUGAAAAAGUUGUUUUCGCAGAGCAAGGAAUGAAUCUUGAUUGCAGAAAUGUAUCAAACCCCGAUCAUGCACGUGCGGCAUACUGCUAUCAAAGUGUCCCCAAGAAGGAGCGGUUUAGACAAACUAUCAAAAACUUGAAGGAAGAAGAUAUAGUAAUUCUCCCUUCAGAGAGGAGAGUGAGUCCUGAGUGCAAAUUUGCGUCAAACCCAUACCAUGUUUGUGCUCAAUACUGCUUACAAAAUGCCAUUGAAAGUGAACAGCAUGGGCAAGCUCUCAUGCAGUCAAAGGAAAAUAAAGCAGUUUUUCCCUUAGAAAGAGUGAAUCCUCAGUGCAAAUACGCAUCAAAUGCGUAUCAUGUUUGUGCUGAAUCCUGCCUUCAAAAUGUCCCUAAUGGACACCAUCCCGAGCGAUCUGUGAUGAAAUCAAGAGAAGAAAAGAAAGUAGUUGCCUCCACGCCGGUUGUGGAUUUGUACUGCGAACAUCUCUCAAAUCUGUAUAAUGUGUGUGCUGAACAUUGCUCAGAAAACUUUCUUGAGAGAGAUCCACCACAGCAAAGUAUCAAAAACUUGAAGGAAGAAGAUAUAGUAGUUCUCCCCUCAGAGAGAAGGGUGAGUCCUGAGUGCAAAUUUGCGUCAAACCCAUACCAUGUUUGUGCUCAAUACUGCUUACAAAAUGCCAUUGAAAGUGAACAGCAUGGGCAAGCUCUCAUGCAGUCAAAGGAAAAUAAAGAAGCAGUUUUUCCCUUAGAAAGAAUGAAUCCUCAGUGCAAAUACGCAUCAAAUGCGUAUCAUGUUUGUGCUGAAUCCUGCCUUCAAAAUGUCCCUAAUGGACACCAUCCCGAGCGAUCUGUGAUGAAAUCAAGAGAAGAAAAGAAAGUAGUUACCUCCACAGCAGUUGUGGAUCUGGACUGCAAACAUCUGUCAAAUCCGUAUAAUGUGUGUGCUGAACAUUGCUCAGAAAACUUUCUUGAGAGAGAUCCACCACAGCAAACUAUCAAAAACUUGAAGGAAGAAGAUAUAGCAGUUCUCCCCUCAGAGAGAAGAGUGAGUCCUGAGUGCAAAUUUGCUACAAACCCAUACCAUGUGUGUGCUGAAUACUGCUUACAAAAUGCCAUUGAGAGUGAACAGCAUGGACAAGUCAUGAAGCUAAAAAGUGUAAAGGAAUUAAAGAAUUUAGUCAGCAACAAGAAAAUAAUAAGUGGGCACCCUCAAUGCCAAUAUGCAUCAAACCCAUACCAUCAAUGUGCUGAAUAUUGCUUCAACAAAAAUAUACCCGGCAUUAAAUUA